CACGCCAUAUUGAUAAUCGGCUUUAACAUAUUGAAUUUUUGGACUUUAUGUGAUUAUCCAUGGUAUGUUUUAGCCAAUUGUGCUAUUUUAGGGCUCGCUAACCCGAGAAUGGUUGGAAAAAAAACCAUUACUGCCUAGUGCCAUGAGUUUGAUAUAUUACAGGUGGAGAAAGCACAGAAAAGGAGCGAGUACAUAAGCAAUAAAUCGGGCUCGAAUUACUGUUGGACUUCUCACUUGGGCUCAAGGCCCAACGACCUUGAAGAGGAAGCUUGGGACGAGGGAAGAAGUGGGCCUGGUGAAAUAAUGGCUCAGGGGGAAUUGGACACGGGCAACAAAAUUAUUCGGGGAAGGAGAAUUGGACUUGAGGCAAUUAUUGGAGGGCGGCUGGCUUUUCUACGAGGGGAAGGGGGAAUUAAAUUGGAGGCGAGGCAACUUUUGUAAUUGCUGGGCGGAACUCUUAAGAAAGCGGGGGGAACGGCAGCAACGCAGUGACACGAAAAUUCUUUGCCGAGAGAAAAAAAGACGCAGGCAGCAGCGAGUAGCGAGCAGUGCGAUUAAGGCGAAUUUCGAUCGACUUCUCCAAGCGGCUUGAGCUGAGUUCAACGAGAGCGAUUAGUUGGUUGGAUUUUCUGAACCAAACUAGUUGUUUAUUGUUGAUUUAGAACAUGAUGAACAAAACCCUAAUGUAUUAUCUUAAUUUCAUCAUGAACUAAACCCCGAUUUCUGGGGGAAACACCAUAGGAUGUAGCUAUUUCUUGAUUUGAUGGAUUGAUUCAUGAUUAUUUUCUUCCGAUCUCUAUUGCAUGAAAUUACUUAAUGCUUUGUGUUGACUGGCCACCAAUACAUAGAUUUGUAGUUAAUUCGGUUAUUAGCGACAGUGAAACCCUAAUAACUGAACCUAUUUCAUGUGACAUAGUAACUUAUCAAAGCGAAAGUGGAUUAAAUAAGGUACCAUGCGGUCUUGAUUGGGAUAUCGUUCUUCAGGCGAAAUAGUUAAUUCAUUGAGCUACGACAAUAGGAUUUGAAUUAAUUGUUUAGUACGUAGUAAUUCCCGACAGGGAUAGCUAGCACAGUAGUGACAUCCUGGCUGUAGAGUAUGGAUUAAACUGAUUAGAAUAUGUGAAUUAAUUUGGAUAUGAUAGGUAGCGAGUCCCGGUGUUUCUCCGAGAGCCUUCUCCCAUUAAUUUCAACCCGACAACUUUAAUUUGCUUGUUUUGUUUAAUUAUUUUGCUAUUAGAUAAUAGUUUCAUCACUCAAAUCAUUUGCACCUAUAGUUUGCUCCAUAUAAUUGACAGAAUAUAAGGUUGUACCAGUCCCUGUGAGACGAUACCCGGACUUUCCGGACUUACUACGAGAUAGGAAUUGAAGCAAUACGCUUUUGCCCUAUCAAGUUUUUGGCGCCGUUGCCGGGGACUGCCAUACCUUAUUUUUGUUGAUUUUUGUGAGUGAACUAUUUUGAUCUGGGCGUUAGUGUUCAGACGAAUUUUCAGGUUUAUCCUCCUCUUGCAUGCUAAGGAGGACGACUGGCAAUUUACUGCCACUUGAUCCAGAGAUAGAGAGGACCUGCCGACAAAACAGGAAGCAGGUCAAGUUAGGGAAGCAGCCACCCACAACCACAACUCCUAGGCCUUCCCUAACCCAGAGAGGGCAGGCUUCAUCAUCUGUCGUCCCUACACCACCACCACCACCCCGUGACAUCGAGCUUGUCAUCAUGGCAGACGAGGAUCGUUCGAUUAGGGCUCGCUUGAAUCGAAGGACUGGAGCCCGAGCUUCAUGUGUUGUCAUUCCGGCUGGGGAUGUAACCAUGGAGAUUACCACGGCAUUUAUCAACAUGAUCACCAACGGGUACACUUUCUCCGGGGCUAGCAAUGAGGAUUCUCACGAACAUCUCCGCCGGUUCGCGAGCAUAUGUGAUACGAUGAAGAGCCCAACUGUGUCUGAUGAUGCAAUCCGUCUUUGGAUGUUCUCAUUCUCUCUGAUAGGGAAUGCAUCACACUGGUUUCAGACCUUAACACCACGUUCCAUCACGACAUGGGCUCAGCUUGAAAAGGUCUUUCUGGAUAAAUACUUCCCACCUGCCUUGACAAUGAAGAGGUAAGAAGAGAUUGUUACUUUUAAGCAGGCUGAUGAUGAGAGUCUGACUGAGGCAUGGGAGCGCUAUAAGGGGCUAUUGAUGAGAUGCCCAAGCCAUGGUCUUGAAGAUUGGAACGUGAUUGACACGCCAAAACACAACACCAAUCUGCGACCAAGUGUAAUCGCAGACCGGGAAUGCAGUAACAGGCAAGUUAAAUUAUCAACCCGGGGUCUAGAUCUACUGCUUACUCAGUGAUUCUCUGUUAUCUAGCCAACUAAAGUAAGUGAUUGUUGUUUAAAAGCAAAAGCAGAAAGAAAGCAGGAAAUUAUUCGGUUUUCUCAAGCAGGAAAGAGUCACUCGGGAAUGAGUCCCCCUAGCUCCUUAGUUAGGUUUCAAUUGUAUUUCCCUGGGUUGAUUUACUGUUGAUUAGACUGCGGAAGAUCCGACAGUAGCUUGGAAUCUCUUAAGCUGACCAAGCACUCUCAGUCUAACUACCCGGCAGACGACUAGUCUUCACCGGGAUAGAAAGCUGAAGCAGUAAGAACAGAACUCCACUACUGGAAUUGGAUUCCAGUACAAAGCAGUAAACUGGCUAAAUCUCGUAUAGCCAAUCUCCUACUAUCGAAUGAUGAGACUCUAGCAACCUAAUCAGAUUCUAUCUAUCUCAGAUUGCAGCAGGAAUCAGGAAAAGUUGAUCAGACUUCAAUUGACUCAAUAAACAUGCAUCAUUCGAUUAAAAUCAAACAGUAAUCUCAUCCCAAGUCAUUACAAUCAAUCCCUAACACAUAGAACUAGGGUUCUUCAUCCCCAAGUGAGAGAGGGGUUCUACUCCAUAGAGAGAGAGAGAGAGAGGAAAACAAGAUACAAAGUAGUCAUACUCAUAAAGAUGAGGAAAAUCUGCUCUAGGAUGAUGAUUUCCACUCCUAUGACGAUCUCCAAGCUUGAUUUGAUGAAACCCAGCUCCAAGAUGGCUUCUAGGAUGUGUUCUUCGUCCUUUCUCUCUCUAAGACUCUGUUUUUGCUCAAAAAGUCUGAUUCUCUCUCUUGAAGCCCGGAAUUGGGUUAAAACCAGGAAAUACCGACUCACACGGGUAGGGCCACACGGCCGUGUGCCAUACCCAGUUGCCCGUGUGAGUCAAAACGCUGCGUUGCACUUAGUUCGAUCUUCAGGCUUCUCACACGGCCAGAGUGGCACGGCCGUGUUUGAUUUCCAUCUGCCCGUGUCUGCUCUCGGCAAAAGUCACACGGCCAGACCACUUCUUCACACGGCCGUGUGAGUUGUCAGGGCAGCCCGUGUUUGCUCUCGGCAAAACUCUCACGGCCAGAAAUAUGAGAUGCACGGCCGUGUGAUUUGUGGGUGUGCCCGUGUGGCCUCCUUUGUGACUUGCCUCGCGCCCGAUCUUCGUCCAAUCGACCCCAAACUCGCUCCCAAGCCUCCAUUCAUGUACUAGGACCUGAAAUAUCACAAACAAGCACAACCUAGCGUGAAAUUGGCCUAAAACACGAGAAAUCAUAUCUCAAACGGUGUAAGAACAGGGGUAAAAACAUGUGUAAUUAACGGUCUAUCAAAAUCCCCCACACUUAACCGUUUGCUUGUCCCCAAGCAAACCAAGUCAGACACAAGGUAAGCUCACAUAUUUCAAAUCAACCAACAUUGGGGACAAGUCAUAAAGGCACAAAACACGU